AUGGAAGCCAUCGCGGAAACUGAUCUUGACGAGAUCCGUCGACUACAGCAAGCAGGGGCCACUGCUCCUUAUAUCGUGCCGCUGGGAGAGCACUGCAGUACGCCCUACCUGAAAACGUUGGCCACGAUGCGGCGCGCUUGGAUCGCGUACCACGAAGCACUCAAGACUCCCAGCUUCCAGGCCGAGGAUCCUUUCGCGACAAUGCCUACCGAAUCCGGCCUACAGGCAUUUCUCCUCUACAUAGUAAUGACGCGGAAAGGCAAGACUGGCGGUAGGCUGUGCACAUCAACGUUGAAGAAGUAUCUCAUCAACUUCAGCAAACUUCGUCACUCUCGGCUCGGCAAAACGUCGGAUCGGGCCAUUUGCAAGAGGAUAACGGGAUACAUCAACCACCAUCUGGUAAAGAGAGGCGCGUCGCAAGACAGUAUGCCCAGGCCUCCUGCCACUGCCCCCGUGAUAAUCGAUGCUUGCGAUGAGCAUGAGUUCGAGCAUCCACGGGCCCGGCUGCAGCUAUCGCUCGCGAUUCUGAUCCUGAUGUACUUCGGCGUGCGCCCGGGGGAGAUUGUAGAAGCUUCUUGCCAUCCGGGUAGUAAUGAAGGCAUUCUCUACAAGGGUCUGUCCAUUCUGGUUCUGAACAAUGUCGACGGACGGCGCCGCUUAGUGGUCGAAGUCUUGCUGCGCAAUCGGAAGGGUGUUCGUAGCAAGCGUAUCAAAGAUCUUAGCAUGUUUCUCCUCGAAGACUUCGAGCGGCCCGAGAUGUGUCCUGUGGCGCAAGUAUUGGCUUUGGCUAUUGCUGACCAUGCCCUCGAUAGCAUCGACACUCUGGACGACUUGAAGGCGAGAACCACCUGGAUUCGGAUUCGGGAGAGUGCAAAGGAGGUCCCGGUCCUUCGUCGUUUAGUAGGGCCACGGCAGGCAGUUUCCGACAACAGGAUACUCAAAGCUGGCAGCCUGGCCUAG